AUGGGGGUUCAUGAAGAUGUUGCUGCUAUUGUCAUCGAUAAUGGGACAAAGUAUAUCAAGGCCGGGUUUGCUGGUGAUAACGGCCCGCGCGCUGUUUUCCGAUCUGAGGACAAUUCAUACGUUGGUGAUGAUGCCAUAGCAUAUCGUGAGAUGCUUUCGCUCACGAACCCGAUCGAGCGUGGAUUAAUAAGCAACUGGGAUGCUAUGGAGAAGAUCUGGAAUUACGCCUUUACCACUAGGCUUAAUACUACUCCGAAAGAGUCUCCGGUUCUUCUAACUGAGCCCCCGCUGAACCCAAAAGCGGACCGAGAGAAAACUACGCAGAUUAUGUUUGAAAAGUUCGAAGUCCCAGCAUUUUAUAUUAGUAUUGGCGCGCUAUUAGCUUUACACGCGUCCGGACGUACAACUGGUUUAUCAGUUGACUGUGGCCAUGGCUCUAUUGACUGUGUCCCAGUUUAUGAGGGAUCUGCAUUACCCCAUGCUAUUCUUCGGGCAGAUUUAGGUGGAAAUGAGGUAACAGAGUACCUAGCGAAUAGACUAGGCGGAAACACUUUCAGUUCUGAUAUAUUCUCGGAUAUGAAAGAAAAGCACUGCUAUGUUGCACCUGAUUCGCAGGAGCCUCAAGGGAAUAUUCAGCAUAGCUAUGAGCUGCCUGAUGGGCAAAUUAUAGAAAUGGGGGCAGAGGUAUUCCGGGCACCUGAAGUCCUCUUCCAACCCGCUACAAUUGAUCUUCAAAUGGAAGGCAUUCAUGAGAUGGCCUAUAAUUCGAUCUUCAAAUGUGAUCUUGAUAUUCGGAGGGAUCUCUAUGGAAAUGUGGUUCUGUCCGGAGGCUCUUCAAUGUUGCCUGGUAUGACAGAUCGACUACUCCAUGAACUGAGAUCUCUCAGCCCACCAAGAAUGAAGGUGAAUGUUGUAGCUCCCCCGGAGCGAGAGUACUUGACCUGGAUUGGAGGUUCGAUGUUAGCAUCACUCUCUACAUUCCAAGAUCUUUGGGUAACUAAGGAGGCAUAUGAUGAAUCAGGUCCUAGUGUUGUCCAUAGGAAAUGCUAUUGA